AUGUCCGCGCAUUACCCAGCCUACUCCCACACGUACUCUCCCCCGCCCCCUUUCAGCGCGCUCGAUUUUUACAACCAGUUCCACCGCGAUCACUCUCACUCCGACCUCACCCUCCCCCAGUCAAGUCCGUACGCUUCCCCCAACCUGGCCGGCCGAUACCUCAGCCGAGGCGCCUCGAUUUCAAAGAAUGUCCCCGCCGAUAAACUGCUCGAAGAGAAGGGAACGGAGAAAGCGGGCAUGAAGGAGAUCCCGCUCAACUCACCGUCCAUCCAUGCUCAGCCACCGCACUAUAGGCACAACGACUUCGAGUGCCAACAUGGGCACAGACAAGGGGGUAGCGGCGCAUGUCCCUACGCCUAUCCCUCGCAUAACCUGCGUUCGUACGGCGACGGCUUCGACUAUGAUGGUCCCGACGCCGAGAAACGGUGCCACUCCGACCGUCUUCGAAGGAUCCUCCUCCCUAUCCUCGUCGUGCUCAUCAUCAUCGUCGGAAUAUUCACUUUGAACGCAUGUCUCGUGUCCUCAGGUGUCAUGGCUUCGUGGGGGGAUUGGGACUGGAAGGGGGUGGGUGAGUGGAAGGGGAUCGUCGGCGAGCACCAAGGAGUGGUGGCUACAAGCGCGAAUAAUGGCACCCACCUGGACAUCCCGGUGCCUCAAGGUACUAUCGCUGUAUCCGCGACGCUGGGCUUCGGGGACAAGUUCGAUUACCUUGCGAUCUCGUUGACCCCUGUCUUCCGUCAGCAACGUCGCAUCCAAACCGCCAUGAUGUUGAAUACCAGUGUCCGCCCCGUCACUCUCGGCCCCCAUACUCCCUCGAAUCCAAGGAUCGCCCAAGAACGGCUUCUGAAGUAUGUCUUCUGUCGCGUAAUUCUUCCUGCCUCUACAAAGGGGAGAGAGCGAUCAGCGAAAGAUAUUCAAGGUCCAAAGCGGGGCCGCGAUGUACAUAUGCACAUGGAGUAG